UAGUGCACUCGGUGGCGUGUCCUCAUGUAUCCGUGUGUUUAAACCGCGUGCGUGUGUUGGAGUGUGGAGGUCACGGCAGACGUUAGCUGCAUUGAUUCUCAAUUACCCUGGUAGCCAGGCGACAAUUAUAUCAUGACAACGCUCACCUAAACUGUGAAGAGAGAGACUGGUUGACUGUGUGAGUUGCUCGUUAACCUUCCCGAAAUGUGUUGAACCUGGCUGGCUUCCCAGAAAAACACGUGAGCUCCUGGUAAAGACUUAUAGUAUGAUGACCGUAUGAAGAUGGGCGACGCGAAGGACCUUCAUUCGACAGACUACGACUUCCUCAUCAAGUUCCUGGCGCUAGGAGACUCUGGUGUGGGCAAGACAAGCUUCCUGUACCAGUACACAGAUGGCGUCUUCAACUCCAAGUUCAUAUCAACAGUCGGCAUCGACUUCCGGGAGAAGCGAGUGGUACACAGGUCGGCAGGAGCUGACGGCUUCGCGGGAAGGAGUCAGAGAGUGCAUCUGCAACUGUGGGACACGGCAGGCCAAGAAAGGUUUCGCAGCCUGACGACGGCGUUCUUCCGCGACGCGAUGGGCUUCCUCGUGUUGUUCGAUCUGACCAGUGAACAGUCGCUGGUGAACAUACGCAACUGGCUCGACCAGCUGAGAACUCAUGCCUACUGUGAUAACCCGGACGUCGUGCUGUGUGGCAACAAGUGCGAUCUGGAGGACAAGCGAGCCGUCACCGAGGAGAAGGCCAAGGAGGUCGCCGAGCGAUAUGGGUUGCAGUACUUUGAGACGAGCGCUGCGACGGGCCAGAACGUUGCCAAGGCGACCGAGACGCUACUCGACCUCGUCAUGGUGCGCAUGGAGCGGAGUCUGGACAAGUCCGGCCUGCCGCACGCCGGCGACCACGGCGCAGACGUCGGCAGCAGUGCGCAGGAUGGCAGGCCGUCAAAGUGCUCCUGCUGAGUGCUGGU